GAUGAAAGUACAAUUACUUGAAACCUGUCAAUAUGGUUUACGUGGAACAACAAUAAAUCCAUAAAUUUUUCUUCUUUUGAACAGGUCUGAUCAAAUUUUGAGAGAGGAAACACAUCACAAUGGCUUCCAGAAGUCUAACAGAAGUUUUCAUACUAAUGAGAAACAAUGCAGCGCAGAGUAGACACAUAUAUUCGGACCAUGUUCAUGAUGAUAGGAUGGCACUGGUGAACAGUAUAUCAACUGAUCCUGAUGCAAGCGUAGGUGCUACUAAACUCAACAUUCCACCAGAAUGGGUUAAUAGUACAGAAGAAAUUCAAUAUGACAUCACGAGAAUACAGCAAAAAAUGAAGGAAUUAUCAUCAUUACAUGAUAGAUACCUGAACAGACCUACAUUAGAUGAUAACAUGGAAGAGGAACACGCCAUUGAAAUUGCCACUCAAGAAAUUACUCAAAUGUUUCACAGAUGCCAAAGGUCUAUCCAAUCCAUAACGGCCAAAGCUAGGUUAUCAUCGAGACAAGAGAGAAAAGUCACACAGAAUAUUGUCAAUUCGCUUGCUGGCAGUCUUCAAGACCUUUCUAUUCAAUUCAGGAAAAGCCAGUCUGCGUAUUUAAAACGAUUGAAAGGAAGAGAAGAGCGGUCUAAAGAAUUCUUUGAGAGCAACAUCAAUUUAAAUUCCAGCAGUGCAAUCAUGAUUGAAGAGGACAUGGAGGAUGAUUUACUAUAUGACAGGGGUUUCACAGAUGCCCAAAUGCAGGAAGUGGAACAGAACACACAGCUUAUCGAGCAGAGAGAGAAGGAAGUGUCGCAUAUAGUCCAGUCGAUAUCAGACCUUAAUGAAAUCUUCAGAGAUUUGGCUAAUAUGGUGGUGGAACAAGGCACAGUCUUGGACAGGAUAGAUUAUAACAUAGAGAAAUCAACUGUUAAAGUGGAAGAAGGUCUCAAACAACUACAAAAGGCUGAGAAGUAUCAAAAGAAGAACAGGAAAAUGCUUGUAAUCGUCAUCCUCUUUGUCAUUGUUAUCAUUCUAAUCAUCAUCUUCAUAGCAACCAAGUUAAGAUGACAUCGCUGAUUAUAGUAUCACCAUAGCAACCAAAUUAAGAUGACAUCGCUAAUCUGUGCAUCACCAUGGCGACAGAGUAGAGAUGAAAGUUUGUUUCAUUGUAUUGCCAAAAUAACUACAAUGAGAUGAAAUCGAUGUUGUAGUCAUAUUAGGACCAACUUGAGAUCUUAUUUUAUUCUCAAAGAAGCCAGCCAAAUCAAGAUUACAUCACUUCAUAUAUCGUCAAAACUGUGAACUUGAAGAAAUGGCAUCUCUUCUUAUCAGUAGGCCUACUUAUCAGCAUAGGUAAUACAUGAGGGGGGCGGAAGAUUUUGCCCUCUUGUUACCCCGAAUCAUCCCUAAAAUUCCUCAAAAAUACCUGCUUUGGGGCGACCAAUCUUUGGGAGUUAACCCAAGAUCUGUCACACACAAGAUUAUUUAGAAAAUCGUUAUUCUAACGAUGGCAGAAUAAUGAUAUUUGCUUUUACUGCAUAAUUGCUUGUCACCCCUUAAACCUAGCCCUGAAAAUGAAAGAAAUAGCCCCAAAAAUUCUGCAAAUGCCCCAAUGUCAAGAAAAAGAUAGCCCUAAAAUAUAAAAAUUAUAUCCUACCCUGCUUCUCAUUCAACCAGGUUUAGACAACAUUGAAUGAAAUUGUAACAACUAUUAGAUGACACAUUUCUAAAUUUUUAUUAUCUUAAUUGAAUUUAAUUAAUUUAAUUAAUUUUAGUUGGCGCAACAUAACUUUUGACAAUGGUAUCUAUGUUGAGCCAACAAGCUAUCCUACUUGUGUCAUCUUGGCAACCAAGUUGAGACAACAUUUCUUUCUAUCAUAACAAAGUAGAGAUGACAUGCUACCAUUGUAACAACUAAGUUGUUACAGUUCAGUUACAUCACUUUUUACCAUAGCAACUUAGUUGAGAUAAUAUACUAGUGUCAUCACAUAACUACAAAGUUGAGGUGACUUCAGAAUUUUUUUGGCAUUCGUCAUAUCGUUGUCAUAGCAAUCAACUUGCCGAGUUACUAUGUCUUCUCAGAAUGAUGGGAACUGAAAUUAGAUGCAAUCAUUACCCAUCAUAAUUCAUCAUUAUCAGUGGAAGAAGUAGGGCAAAAUAUUUGUAUUAUCACCAUAGCAACCAAAGUUGAUGUGGUUUCGACACUUGUUUGCCUUAAUAGCAAAUAAGUUGGUAUUAAUGUUGUACUUGUCUUUUUGUCAUCAUCAGCACUUAAAUUGUAAAAAAAAGUGGGUUCAUUUAUAUCAAUCAUCAAGUAAUCACAAUUAUAUGGCAGGUUGACUUACCUACAAGACAUAGUGUUAUCUGGGUCCCAAGUGAGAAUGGCAUGUCUAACUUGUUUCAUAAUAAUAUGAUAUAGAAAUUAGAUUUUUUUACAGUGUAGCAAUCUAUCUGAAAUGAUACUAAUAUAAUCAAGUGAAUAGGUAUUGAUGUUUUGUAACCAUCAUUGUAAUAUCUGAACUAUGAAAGUGAUAGUUUUCCCUCAUCUGUAGUCACAAUAAAUACUUCUCCCUGAAAUUAAAAAUGACCAAAUUCUGUAGAUUUAUUCUGUAAUGCCCACCUCUACAACAGCAUGCUCCCUUUAUAUAGGCCAUGGAAAUUAUAGAUUGUUUCUUUAUUGCAAUCUUUCUUAUUACCAAAGUAUCGAGAUGAGCCUUAAGAUUUUCCAUUGAUAUAUUCAUACAAGGAAACAAGAUUAGUAGACAUGAGGCAACAAAGAAAAGGUCAUUUUUUGUAAUUGCAAGACACGAAGGCUGUUUGUUAUAUCCAGUUAUGAAAAGUAUUUUUUUUUUCUUGUUAAACUGCCAAUUGGUCUACACCUAUUUCGCCUACUUUCCAUUUGGUCUAAUCCAACUCUGUCUACAGCCAGUCUACUAAUCAAUUGGUCUAAUCAGCUCAUUUACCUUUCUGUCUAAUUUCCACUUGGGCUUUACCAUUUUGUCUAAUCACUGGGUCUAACACCGUUUGUCUAUAUCAGAUGAACUCUUAAUGAAUCAAUACUUUCAUUUGACAGAGUGCAAAAUAACUGUUACAUAAAGUGAAAAUUUGUCUAUCUGGGAAUUAGACUACUGGGGUGUUGCAAGAAACUUUUGAUCAAUUUUAGGUUCCUGAAAUCAAUCAUUGGUCUUGCAAUUAAUUGCAAAUUUGUGAUUGAUUGCUCAUCUGCUUCUUG